CUCCGUGAGAGCCAGGGUGGGAGAUCGAGCCGCACUGCCGGGUCGCGUGGGUCAGGGCUCUUGCCCCACCCUUCCACGGGGACACGAAGAUCCUUAAGAGAAGUCUUGGGGGUGCUCGGCAGUUGUGAAGGCCACCAGACGGUUCUGUCUUUCACCAGUGCUCAAGAUUAUCCAAUCAAUAUCCUGAGGGCCUAAACACUCAGUAGUGAAGGAGAGAAGAUGUACUUGUCCAUUUAAUUAAUCCUGGAGUAACUGAGAGGUUAAAAAAAAACUAAAUCAUGACUGAGUCUGCCUCUAACACAAGUGGUCAAGAGUUUGACGUAUUCAGUGUUAUGGACUGGAAGGAUGGAGUUGGUACCUUACCAGGAAGUGACUUAAAGUUUAGGGUGAAUGAGUUCGGAGCUUUGGAAGUUAUCACAGAUGAAAGCGAGAUGGACAGCGUCAAGAAAGCAACUGCCACCACCACCUGGAUGGUCCCAACGGCUCAAGAGGCCCCGACCUCUCCCCCGAGCUCCAGGCCCGUAUUUCCACCUGCCUACUGGACAUCUCCACCUGGAUGUCCCACAGUCUUUUCAGAGAAGACUGGGGUACCAUUCCGGUUGAAGGAUCAAUCAAAAGUAGAUGGGCUUCAGUUUUGUGAGAACUGUUGUCAGUAUGGCAACGGAGAUGAGUGUCUUUCCGGAGGAAACUACUGCAGCCAGAAUUGUGCUCGGCAUGUCAAAGACAAAGAUCAGAAGGACGAAAGAGAUGGCGGUGACGAUGAGGACGAGGAUCCUAAGUGUAGUCGGAAGAAAAAACCAAAAUUAUCUCUGAAAGCUGACUCCAAGGAAGAUGGAGAAGACAGAGAUGAUGAAAUGGAGAACAAACAAGAUGGACGAAUUCUGAGGGGUUCCCAGAGAGCCAGAAGGAAAAGACGCGGGGACUCGACUGUCAUAAAGCAGGGGUUGCCUCCUAAAGGCAAGAAAACUUGGUGCUGGGCAUCCUACCUAGAGGAGGAGAAGGCUGUGGCAGUUCCUGCAAAGCUGUUCAAAGAGCACCAGUCCUUCCCAUACAACAAAAAUGGAUUCAAAGUCGGUAUGAAGCUAGAAGGUGUGGACCCGGAGCAUCAGUCUGUGUACUGUGUCCUCACUGUGGCUGAGGUUUGUGGAUAUCGGAUAAAGCUUCACUUUGAUGGAUAUUCUGAUUGCUAUGACUUCUGGGUAAAUGCAGAUGCUCUGGACAUCCACCCAGUGGGGUGGUGUGAGAAAACUAGCCAUAAGCUCCAGCCUCCAAAAGGGUAUAAAGAAGAAGAAUUUAAUUGGCAGUCCUACUUGAAGACGUGCAAAGCCCAGGCUGCUCCCAAGUCAUUAUUUGAAAAUCAGAACAUAACAGCGAUUCCAUCAGGCUUUCGAGUGGGAAUGAAGCUUGAGGCUGUGGACAAAAAGAACCCUUCCUUCAUCUGUGUUGCCACGGUAACAGACAUGGUGGACAAUCGUUUCCUGGUCCAUUUUGACAACUGGGAUGAGAGCUAUGACUAUUGGUGUGAAUCAUCCAGUCCACACAUCCAUCCAGUCGGUUGGUGUAAAGAACAUAGAAGAACCCUUAUUACUCCACCAGGCUAUUCACACAUGAAACACUUUUCUUGGGAUAAGUACUUAGAAGAAACCAAUUCUUUACCUGCUCCUGCAAGAGCUUUCAAAGUGAAACCUCCACAUGGAUUCCAGAGAAAAAUGAAGCUUGAAGCAGUAGACAAAAGAAAUCCCAUGUUUAUCAGAGUAGCAACUGUAGCAGAUACCGACGAUCACAGGAUAAAAGUUCACUUUGAUGGCUGGAGCAGUUGCUAUGACUACUGGAUAGACGCAGACUCGCCAGAUAUUCACCCUGUAGGCUGGUGCUCCAAGACUGGACACCCUCUUCAGGCUCCCCUAAGCCCUGCAGAAUUGAUGGAGCCAUCAGAAACCGGGGGAUGUCCAACUCUAGGCUGCAAAGGGGUUGGUCAUUUUAAAAAAUCGCGGUACCUGGGCAAUCAGAGUGGUGCCUACUGUCCCUAUUCAGAAAUCAACUUGAAUAAAGAACGGAUUUUUCCAGACCGCCUAAGUGGUGAGAUGCCUCCAUCGAGUCCAUCAUAUCCAAGGAGUAGAAGGAUAGACUCAAAUGAGAGCUCGUCAUCUCCUGAAACCAGGGAACAGCGUGCUGAUGAUGCCAAAGGAGAUUCUGAAGAGAAAAGAGAAAAUGAAGUGAGGACGUCAGCCGAAGCCAAAGUUGUUCGGGAAGAACCUACCCCUACUAUACAGCAGGUUCAGCAGGUACAGCAGCCUCACCAGGUACAGCAAGUACAGCAGGCCCAGCCUGCUCAGCAGCCUCAGCCGGCCCAGCAGCCUCCGCAGCAGACAACCAAGACUCAACCGGCCCAGCAGCCUCCGCCGCCGGCCCAGCAGCCUCAGGCGGCCCAGCAGCCUCAGCAGACUCCACCAGCACAACAGGCCCAGCAGCCACAGCAGAGUCCUCAGCCUCAGCAGCCUCAGCCGGCCCAGCAGCCUCAGCAGCCUCAGCAGACCCCACAGGCGGCGGCGGCGCAGCAAGCCCAGCAGGCUCAGCGGCGGUCGGCUGUCUUUCUGUCCUUUAAGCCCCCAAUUCCAUGCCUGCCCUUGCGCUGGGAGCAGCAGAGCAAGCUUCUUCCUACUGUGGCCGGAAUUCCUGCCAGUCGAGUUUCCAAAUGGAGCACGGAUGAGGUGUCAGAAUUCAUUCAGAGCUUGCCUGGGUGUGAAGAACAUGGAAAGGUGUUUAAGGAUGAACAAAUUGAUGGAGAAGCAUUCUUACUUAUGACCCAAACGGACAUUGUUAAAAUUAUGAGCAUUAAGCUGGGCCCAGCUCUCAAAAUUUUCAAUUCUAUCCUGAUGUUUAAAGCUGCGGAGAAGAACUCCCACAAUGAACUGUGAAGACGAGGGAUUCUGGUACCUUCAGCUUCUGCUUUAAAGCUCAUCAUGUUUAUUCAAAGCACAAGGGGGGUUCUAGCUCCUGAGUGAGAAGUCUUCAGGACUCCAAGAGCAGCACUCGGGGACCCCAUCCGUCCCACCAGACUGCGUGUGUAGGAAACGCCUGGGCUUCUCAUCAGCUACUGUCCAACAGCGGUCAUCCUUCUGUUCUGCUCACUGAGCUAAACGUAUCUUUGUAAAUCUUUUGGAGGUGGGGGGAGGGUGGGGACACCGGGGGCUUCAUUAUUUAUGGAUGGGGGGCAAAAUAAGAACUUUCGGCAUUUUGUAAACAUUGUUGGGUUCUCUUUCAUGUACACUCUCUUUUUUUCAAUACUUUCAGAAAUCUUUUUAUAUAACUGAAUUUCAACCUAAACCAAAUCCGUUGAAUCCUGGCUGAGUUUAGCCUGGGACUAGCGUCGGUCGUGUUCGCCGUGUGCCAUAUUUGGAAUUACAGCAUUAGCCAAGUGUAACUUUGCGAGUCACGAGAUUGCCUAACUAUGUGUUAUCCUUUGUCGGGACUGAAGAACUGUAAAUACGACCUUUCUUUGAAUCCAUGUUUUUACUUUUGCACGCAUUAUGAAUUGUUAAACAAAUUACUUUUCACCAGCAUCUUUACUGUUAUUACCAAAAAAAAAAAUGUAUAUAAAAGUACGGAAUUGAGAAAUAAAAUAUAUGAGCCUA